AUGAAGCGGCCUGGUCCAGCACAUUCACUUGCCUGGAGACAUCACGAACGAGAGAUUCAGCUGGGUUCCAGGAUCGACGUCGUAACGUACGCUCAAGCACGGGCCCAGAGACUGGUGCUAAGUACAGAACAUGCAAUGGAUCGUCGAAAAACUGGACUUGAUGCAAGACCUCAACUACAACCGAAACACGGAUCGAGCACCAAACCCCUGAGAUAA